CUUACAAACCUCUCUGAAACCACAUCCCUUGAUUCAGUAUUCUCAAUUCUUAAAAAAAAAAAAUCGGCUAUUUCUCAUCUACUAAAAAAAAAAUCUUUUCUGUUGUUUAUUGUUAAUUUCGGUGUGUUUUAAUCAUUUUCACUUUCUUCUCUUCUGUUUUUGAAACUUUAAAAAAACAAAAAAUGUGUGAUGUUGCCGGGAGUAUCGGAAGUGUGGUGAGCCCUGUCCUUGAAGUUGGCAAGUGGUUGGUUGUUCCCAUUUCGCAUCAAUUUAAGUACUUGUUCAACUAUAAUACCAAUUUCAAAAAUCUCGAAAAGGAAGUUAAGAAGCUGAAGAACACCAAAGAAGAAGUGCAUGAUCAAGUUGAUGCCGCUGAAAGAAAUUUGGGGAAGAUCAAACAAAAUGUUAAGGAUUGGCAGAAUGAUGUGGAGAAGGCGAUUACUAAAGUAGAGCAGUUGAUUCAAGAAAAAGCUGACAACCAGCGUUAUUCUAAGGGAUUGUGUUGCAACUUCAUCAUUCACUACAAACACAGCAAGAAAGCAUUCAAAUUAAAGCGGGAUAAUGUUGAUCCACUCCUCCAGCAAGGAAAGGAAUUGGGUCCAGUUUCCUCUCGUACUAAUCCACUAUUGGAGAUUUGGCUAAGGUCUAGUGAAGAUUAUUUGGCUUUUGAAUCAAGAAACUCUACUAUGAAGAAUGUAUGGGAUGCUCUAAUUGAUGAGAAUGUCUUCAUGACCGGUGUAUAUGGGAUGGGUGGUAUUGGGAAGACCACUCUUGUGCAGGAACUUGGUAGAAAAGCUAAGAUGGACCAACUCUUCGAGGAUAUUGUUUUUGCUGAGGUAUCUGAAUCUCCUGAUAUAAAAAAAAUUCAAACAGCAAUUGCAGACAACUUAGGUCUAAAAUUCGAAAACGAAAGUGAAAGGGCAAAGGCGCUAUAUUCAAGAAUGGAGGGCAAGAAUAUUCUUUUAAUUCUAGAUAAUAUUUGGGAACCUCUAGAAUUUGAUAAGACUAUUGGAAUUCCUUGCGAAACUGAUCGUGGAAGAAAUAAACUUUUGUUUACAGCAAGAAACUUAGAUGUGUUGGAGAGGAUGGGUUCCACAAAUAAUUUCGGGAUGGACAUUUUAAAUGAAGAAGAAGCUUGGACCUUAUUCGCCAAAAUGGCAGGUAACUGUGUUAUAGAAUUUUCAUUUGUAUGUUUUCUUAAUCAACACAUUUUAAUUCUAUUUUUUAAUUAUUUGAUGUGUUUUGAUGUGAAUAUUAAAAUAUCAAAUUAAUUAUAACAUAAACAAAUUCCAACUUCAAAUUUUAAUUUCAAUUGUGUUCCUAAUAGAAAAACAUUACAAUUUAGUUUUAUUAUAUUCACACUCAAGAUUAAGAGUGGAUCCAAUUCGGGCUGUUUCAAAUUGAAUUAAACGAGUUGAUUUUAAACAAGAGCUUUAGCUCAAUAACUCAACUUAAGAUCAACUUAUUUAUUUAUUCAAUGACAUUGUUUAUUCUGUCAAUGAUGUUGUUAACCAUUUUAAAUUAGACAAUGUUAAGUGUUAACCAUGUCAAUGGCUCUCCGAUGACAUUGUUCAUCAAAUCAAAUGAGUUCGAACCAAACAUUAUGCCUUUGUUUUAAGUUUGAGUAAACCUUAGGUUUGGCCAGAUCAAAUCCACCCCUACUCUAGACAUCAAUUUUUUAUCUUCGAUUUUAUUGUGUUAAUCAAUCUCCUAAAAUUUAUUACUUCUAUAUUUUCAUUAAUAGAGUUUUAUUUUGUGUAAAAAGUGUUGUUUGUGCUAACUAGGUGUGGAAAGUAUUUUAAGGUCUAACCUUGGGUGAAAAAUGUUAUUUACUCAAUGCAGUAUUUUGAUUUGCAUUUAAAACUUUAAUCAAAAUUAAUAUAAUGUGAAGACUUUAAACUAUCAUGAAGCUUUAAUAUGAGAAUGUU